AUGUCUGUUCCAUGGCCUUUCGUAGCUUGGGGGAAGGACGUGAUUGGACCAAUUGAGCCAAAAGCGUCAAAUGGGUAUACAUUCAUUUUGGUGGCCAUUGAUUACUUUACAAAGUGGAUAGAAGCAGCAACUUUCAACAAUAGUCAUUUAAUGCAAGAAGUAUGCCAACUGUUUAUGAUUGCACAUCAAAAUUCCACUCCAUAUCGUCCAAAGGCAACUGGCUCCGUGGAAGAUGCCAAUAAGAAUAUUAAGAAGAUACUUCGAAAAAUGAUAAAAGGGUCUAGACAAUGGCAUAAGAAGUUGCCAUUUACUUUGAUAGGUUAUCGUACUACUGUUCGUACUUCAACAAGGGCAACUCCAUAUUUAUUGGUGUACGGGAUAGAAGUAAUCAUUCCCACAAAAGUUGAAAUUCCCUCUCUUUGA